GUAGAACAGCUCAAAGAGGAGAUCUGUGAGUAUCAGAAGAGCGAGAAGCAAGGACUUCCAUUGCCUGCGCCAACCGAGACUGAGGAAGUCGCAGCAUCUUUGCUGCAGGCCACAAAGGAUGAAGGGAGGGUUGAGAGAGACCACGUUUCAGGCAAAGGUGGCUCAGAGCAAGAAGAGAGAUAUCCGAGUAGUGAAACACUUCAUAAAAGGUGCCGAGAGGUGAUUGAGAACGUCGAGGGCAGGAAUUCACAGCUCCUUCGCAAGCUGCAAAAGCUGGAACAGGAGCAGGAGGAUUUGGUGGAGCGCAAUGAAGAGCUGGAGUCAAUUUUGGGAGAGACACAGAUCCAAACCGAGCAGGAGAAGGAACAGUUUGAGAGUGAGGUGGAGGGACUUCACCAGAAAAUCACAAGUUUAGAGACGGAGUUACUUGAAGUGCAGAAGAACAAAAGUGAGAUGAAUGAGGCAUCAUCUGGAGCCCAAGAGAUGCAAGAGAUAUUGGAAAGCUGUCAGGAAACGAUAGAGAAGUUGGGAAGUCGGCUGGGAGAGCGGAGAGAAUGGAGAAAGCAGCUUGCAUCUGAGCUUGAACUGUUACGAGAAGAUCUGAAGGCUGAGAAGAAGGUCUCUGAACUCCUACAAGAGAGAGAACAGAUUAAAAAACGUGAGCAGAAACAUGAAGAUCUACGUACAGAUGAAAAGACAUACGAAGAACAGAGGGCUAAAAUAGUAUUUUUGGAAGAACAUAUCAAAAACUUGAGGGAUGAACAAGAACUGCUCUGUUCUGAAUUACUAGAAAGCAACAAGAAGAGGGAGGAGUUAGAAAAGCACCUAAAAGAGAGCAAAGAAGAAAAGCGAUUGUUACUGGCAGAAGUUGCCCAGCUCAAACAAGAUAUCCUGGCUGCCCGGGAGCAGAGCGAGGGCGCGCUUGAAGAGCCUUGGAGGGUGAGCCAAGGGGUGGUGCACAGAGAGAACGGGUUCCUCGUGUCUCAGAGCUCUGCAGGCAGUUUAGACGGGAGCGUUAAACAG